CGCGCACUACACUGAAUCACUGAUCGGAGCAGUUGAGUUCGUGGAGACAAGUUGCUGCGCCAUGGCGUCCUCCUCCUCCAGCAACCUGGUGGCCCACCUGAGGCGCAGCGUCUCGCCGGCGUCCUUCCGCUCCUACUGCGCCGAGUUCAUCUCCACCUUCCUCUUCGUCUUCACCGCCGUCGGCUCCGCCAUCUCCGCCCGGAUGGCGACGCCCAAGGGUAGCGCCCCCGACGCCGCGUCGCUGGUGGCGACAGCCGUGGCGCAGGCGUUCGGGCUCUCCGCCGCGGUGCUCAUCGCCGCCGACGUCUCCGGCGGGCACGCCAACCCGGCCGUCACGUUCGCCCUCGCCCUCGGCGGCCACGUCGCCGCCGCGAGCGCCGUCUUCUACUGGGCAUCGCAGAUGCUCGGCGCCACCUUCGCCUGCCUCGUCCUCCACUACAUCUCCGCCGGCCAGGCCGUGCCGACGACGAGGAUCGACGUGCGGAUGACCGGGUUCGGCGCGGCCAUCAUCGAGGGCGUGCUGACGUUCAUGGUGGUGUACACGGUUCACGUGGCCGGCGGCGGGAAGCGGCGGGGGUUCGCGGCGGCGGCGCUGGGCGCGCUGGCGGCGGGGUCGCUGACGGGCGCGUGCGUGCUGGCGGCGGGGUCGCUGACGGGCGCGUCCAUGAACCCGGCGCGCUCCUUCGGGCCGGCCGUCGUCAGCGGGGACUACAAGAACCAGGCCGUGUACUGGGCCGGGCCCAUGAUCGGCGCGGCCAUCGCGGCGCUGGCGCACCAGGUCCUGGCGUGCGGCCCCCCGGACGCCGCCGCCUCCGCCACCGGGUCGUCGCGCCACGGGAGCGUGGAGACGGUGGUGGUCUGACGCCUCCUGAGUCCUGACGACAUGGGCGCGCGCAUCCUCUCGUUCGUCCUUGUCGUGGUGGACGUAGAGGGAUCUUUCUCUGUAACUGUGUGUCCGUGUAAUUGUGGACUCGUAUGUGCUGAUCGAACUUGUGUAGGUUUGCAAUCGUCUGAUCGUUGUUGUAGCAGUU